GCAGGGGCGAAGGUCGCCGGCAGAGACUGCACCGGCUCGGCACCGGCACAGCUCGGAGGCCCUGGACGCCGGGCUCUGACCCGAUCCUGCCGCCGCCGCCCGAGAUGGGGGCUUGGGCCCUGCUGCUGCCUCUGCUCCUGGCCGCGGCCGGGGCUCAGGGCUGCUCCGUGAACCAGACCUACUUCGAAAUCGAGGAGAACACGAAGCCCAAUGGGCCCCUGGUGGACAUCCAGGUCCCCGAGGGCCAGCAGGUGGCCCUCGGGCCUCAGUCCACCCCCGACGCCUUUCGGAUCGAGGGGAACCAGCUGUUUCUCAACGUGGAGCCCGACUACGAGAACACGACGAUGCUGCUGGCAAACCUGCAGUGCCGGAGAGGGGACACUGUGGUGUCCCAGCUGAACGUGUUUGUGGCCGUGCGGGAUGUCAACGACAACCCUCCCGUGUUCCCCUUCGAGGUCAAACGAAAGGAGGUGCCCGAGGACACCAAAGUGGGCAGCAUCGUCAUCCCCCAGGAGGAGCUGGCGGCCACAGACCGUGACCAGAACGACGUCCUGUUCUACACCCUCCGGGAGGUGACACCGGGAGCCGGGAGCGUCUUCUCCCUGAGGGGCACCAACUCCCCUGCCCUGCGGCUGGACCGGGCCCUGGACUUCGACAGGAGCCAGAGCAUGACCCUCCUGCUGAGUGUGCGGGACACGCCGAAGGAGGACGCCGAGCCCAGCCACAGCGCCACGGCCACCCUGGUCCUGGAGGUGCAGCCGGUGGACCGGAGGCCGCCCUGGUUCCUGCCCUGCCUCUACUCGGACGGGAGCAUCUGUGUGGAGCCCCAGUACCGGGGUGCCAUCCCCACCGGCCACAAACUGCCAGCCCCGCUCAUCCUGCGACCGGGGCCCAUCUACGCUGUGGACGGGGACCGGGGCAUCGACCAGCGCAUCGUCUACAGCAUCCUGCAGGGAAACGAGGACGGCACGUUCGUCAUCAACGCCGACUCGGGCAACCUCACCAUGGCCCAGAGCGUCCCCAGCCCCAAGACCUUCCGUUUGCUGGUCAAGGGUGAGCAGGCGGACCGCGCCCGGUACGCAGUGGCCCAGGUCACGGUGGAGGCCCGGGCCGCGGCUGGGAGCUCGCCGCGGUUCCCCCAGAGCCUGUACCGGGGCGUCCUGGCCCUGGGCUCCGGGGCGGGCGUGGCCGUCAGCGAAGCCGCAGACCCCUCCCAGCCGCUGAGGAUCCAGGCCCAGGACCCCGAGUUCCCGGACCUCAACUCGGCCAUCACUUACCGCAUCACCAACAACUCCGACUUCCGGAUGGACGGGGAGACGGUGCGGGCGGCCGCCCCGCUGCUGCAGGCCGGCGUCUUCUAUGCAGCGGUGCAGGCCAACAACACGGUGACAGGGGGCACGGCCACCACCGCCCUGGAGAUCCGGGUCUCGGAGCAGGUGCCGCCCCCCACAGGUACAACUCUGAAGCCACCUGCCUUGUCCACGCCUGGGGGCCCCUCGAGUGUUGGAACCAGCACCCCCCCCUCAUCAGCCUCGUCUGGUGCGGGCUCACAACAGACCUCCAAGCCAGGCUCGCCCGGGGCCGGAGGCGGUGCUGGGGACGGUGGCCACCAGGAGGACCGGCGCUUCUCCGCGGCGGAGAUGGGGGCCCUGGGCGGGGUGCUGGGCACGCUGCUGGUCCUGGCGCUCCUGGCCCUGGCCAUCCUGGUGCACAAACACUACGGGGCCCGGCUCCGGUGCUGCGGCCGCAAAGCCCUGGAGCCCCAGCCCUACGGCUUCGACAACAAGGCCUUCCUCUCCGACAACCACGAACCCAGCUGGUCUCCGGCCCCGAGCCCCGGUCCCGACCCCGGCCCUGACCCCGGCCCCAGCGGCGCCCCAGCCGAGGUCCCGCCCGCGGGCGUGAGGUCCAUCCUGACCAAGGAGCGGCGGCCCGAGGGCGGCUACAAGGCCGUGUGGUUCGGCGGGAGCGACGGGGCGGACGCCGACGUGGUGGUGCUCAACGCGCCCGUCCUGGACGCGGACGGCGCCGGCGACUCCGGCGGCGACUUCGGCGGCGACUCCGGCAGCGACUCCGGCGGCGAAGGCAGCGGGGACGAGGGCGCGGACGCAGCACCGGGCUGGGAGCCCCGCGCCGACGCGCCGGGCACCGACUCCACCUACAUCUAGACCCCCGAGGGCUGGCGGCCUCCGGCG